GCUGCAUGCUAGAUCGAGAGAAGCAGACCAUCUCCUUCUCCAAGAACGGCAGGGACCUGGGCGUGGCCUACAAGUUGUCACCAGACAUGCAGGGCAUUGGCUUGAAGCCGCACAUUUGUGGCAAGGGCUUCAUGGCUGCAGCCAAGUUCGAUGGCCCGAUGGAGUACCCGGUGGAGGGCUACGUUCCUGUAGGUGAGAUCGACCCAACACAUACGCCACAGGGCACAUCUCAAGCCAAGGGUAAGCGGCCACCCUUGUGCAUGAUCCUAGAGCCAACCAGGGAUUUGGCCGAACAGACCUACAAAUGCAUGACCACCUUCAACAAGUAUUUGGACAACCCCACCGUUCGCAUCACACUCUUUGUAGGAGGAAUUGAUGAGAAGGAGCAAUUCCGAGCAUUGGAAGAAGGUGUGGACAUUGUGGUUGGAACCUUGCAGAAGUUGAUGGACUAUGUCCGACGUGGAAAGUUGGACGUAACUCAUCUGAAGUUCCUGGUCCUUGAUGAAGCAGAUGACUUGCAAAAGAAGGAUGACCGCAAGGAAAUCCCUCGGCUGAAUGCACAGAUCAAGCGAGGCCGAAGGGAUCGAGUCCAGACCCUGUUCUUCAGCGCCACCCUCCACACUCCUGAGGUAAAGCAGAUGAUAGAGGAUAUCACUGACAGACCUAUUUGGGUGGACCUGAAGGGCAAGGAUUCUGUGCCUGAGACAGUGCACCACGUUGCAUUGUACAUUGAUCCGUAUCAAGACCUCCAAUGGUCCGAUCAAGAAAUCGCCGUGCGGGCCAAAAUGCCGAAGGAACAGCCUGAGCUGGAUGGAGUGCACAGCAAGCAGUCCAUGUCUGCCAUAGACAGUAGACAUCCAGAAGCCUUGAAGCUAUCCGAAAAGAUCAAGAUCAUGAAGCCUAAGAUGGCAUGGAAACCCAGAGAUGUCAAGUGUCUGCUCCUUUGUUUUGCCACAGCAGGAAGACAAAGGCAGGUGCAAGAUAGUGCAAGAAGAUGUAUUUAUUAUCUAAAUAUGAUUGAAGCGAACCGAAGGAAAGCAAUUUGA